AUAUAAACUAGUUCCUAAUUAUGAACUUAUUGAAUCAUUAGUUCAAUGCAGUAUUUAUUUAAAUUAUUAUAAAAUCAAAUACAUUUUCGACGAAACAAGGAAAAAAUGUCUAUUUUCCUGAGGAGGUGCCUGCCAGCCCUUGUGGCACAGUCACGGCUACAUAUUGUUCGAAACGUUCAAGCUGCGAGUACCCAAGCUAUUUCAUCACAACCCCCAUUGGGCACAAAUGCCAGCGAUGAAACACAGCGGGAAGUGCAACACCAUGCAAAAAUGGCAACAGAUUGGUGGGACAAAACUGGCCCCAUGAAAGCUUUACAUGCCCUGAACGCAUUGAGGGUUCCAUUUAUUCGCGAUGGUUUAAUAGCUCGUGGAAACAUUGCUGAGGAUUUGGUGGGCACAACAAACGUCUUGAAGGGACAAAAAAUUCUCGAAGUUGGCUGUGGAGGUGGUAUACUCACCGAACAAUUGGCCCGAUUGGGUGCUUCUAUGACGGCUCUGGACUUGAGUGAUGAAUUAAUUGAAGCGGCUCGAAAACAUUUGUCACAGGAAGCAAAUCCCAAACUAUGCGAUCUUAUUAAUUAUAGAAUCGAACCGAUAGAGUCGCAUGCCAAAGAUAAACAAAAUCAUUAUGAUGCCUUGGUUGUUUCGGAAGUCCUGGAACAUAUUGAUGAUAAAGUUGGAUUCCUGCAGGCCAGUGUUCAGUGUUUGAAGCCUGGAGGUUCAAUAUUUAUUACCACCUUAAAUAAAACCUUUACGAUGUGGUUUAGUGGCGUCGUAAUUGGGGAGUAUGUGAUAAAGGCAGCUCCCAUUGGCACACAUCAUUAUGACAAGAUGAUAUCACCAUUGGAUGUACAGCGUAUUCUUGAUACAAUGGGCUGUAGUACGGUACUGGUGAAUGGUUCGACUUAUGAUUUUUGGCGCAACAGUUGGCGUUGGAUCAACUCAACACAAAUGUGUUAUGCUUUACAAGCGGUUAAGACUGAAAUUUAAUUUCAAAUACAUGCAUAAAUCUAUUUAUAAGCUUAUGUAUAGGUGAAAAUGUUUGAAAAACAUUAAAGUCAACGGGAAUGGAAAAUUGGUUGUCGUUAAAUUUGAUUUAAAAA